CUGCACACCAGCCGGUAUACUCGUCCACACCCACGCCUGCUGCCUUCUGCGCGUCAUUUAUAUGACUCUCUUGGCAGGGGAAAACGCAAUCCAUACCCCAGACCGGAACCCAUAUGUAAUUCCCAAUUUUCGCAUUCAGCUGGCGAUGUCGUGAUGGACUGUGCUCCGGCAACAACGGCACGGAACCGAACAGAAAACAGGCUAGGCCGCUUCCAUUCCAUUUACAUUUAGUUUUCUCUCAUUGCUCAAACACUUUUUUCCAUCCCUGUACUACAUGGGAAUCAAUUCACAGAGACGCGAGUGGAUGGGGACUAUACACUGUGCGCUAAAGCUUUAACUGUACAUGGAAUCAAACAAGUGGCAGUUAUCAUCCCGGAGCUGCUCUAAGCGACCUUACAUAUAUUUAUGUGCUCAGCAAGUGCCCAUUUCUGACCCGGUUUGCAUGUUAUUGUUUUCCUAGUCGCCGUCGACGUUUUACCGUAUUGAAGGUCUAAUGUUGAAAUUGGAAAACUGCUCCUUAGGGAUUGGGACGAGUUAAAGCGAGAAGAGGAUCUCGUACAUAGCGGCAAAAGAUUUUUUGACCCUUAUAGUCACGACGGUUAAUACGUAAUGGCAGAGGAUGGCACCGACCAUUGCGUUGAUCUAUUAUUUCCGUUUAAAGCUGAUGAACUGGAUGUUAAUUCGAUAGAUCCCGCCGAUUCUUCCCUAUGGUCAGCAAUUGAACUGGAUGAAUUGAGUGACGCGGGGUUUUCCGUGCAGGAGGAAGCCGAUAAUUUGCCCUUAAUUAAUACCGCUUUAACCAGCCUGACCAAUAUGCCACAGAAAUUGGCCGUCUCAUCACCGGGUUCACUAGCGGAAACGAUCUGCAGUGAAUCGGCGGCGAGCAGUACCGGUCAAUCUUCCAGUGUCAGCGGCGGAUCAUCGGAUGACGAUUGUCACAACAUUCGCCGUCGAUCACAACGCGGCACCGCCGCAUUGCAACGGUCCUGUAAUGCGGCACUGCGAACGGCUACAGGCACUAGCAACGGCAGCAGCACGGUGUUGCAUGUCCCGGUCCCGCGUGUUGUUGGCAGUGCAGUGGAACACAUGGGAGCAACAGAUUGCACUAGCCCCACCACAACACUGGAUCAGUCCGAGUUAGUGCAGAAUAAUCAAAACAAAUCUGACGGCUUCACGGAGAAGCCAUACCGACGCCGUCGCACCACUCUCAAUGCCAGGGAGCGUAAUUUAAAGCGACUGGAAAGCAACGAACGCGAGCGCAUCCGUAUGCACUCCUUGAAUGACGCUUUUUCUGCCCUCCGGGACGUGAUUCCUCACGUCCAGAGACAGAAGAAUCUUUCGAAAAUUGAGACACUGACCUUAGCUAAAAACUACAUUAUGGCGCUGAGCAACAUAAUCUGCGAUAUGCGAAGCGAGCCAAAGCCCUUUCAGGUCAAAGAUGAAGAAAGCGCCAGAGUGGACAUCGAAGUGCGCUCCAUAAUGAGUAAAGGCUCCAUCAAACCAGCGCUCCCAUGAUUGUUUCCGCCAGUUGACUCCUCAACGAUUAAAUGCGACUGACGUCGAAAGCUUAUUUAUGGAAAUCCUUUUGUCCAACGAACGCUAUCCAGAAUUUCCCGCAAAAUCAAAUGAAAACUUUACAACGCAGUGAUAGAAUUGUACUUCGAGCCAGUUAGCUGGACUAAUUUCUUUGGAGACAAUUUUGCAUUUGUCUUUGAAAUUGUUGACUCUGGUGUUUAUGUGUGUGAAUCCGGUGACCCUUCUAAUACAGCCAGCAUGCAGGCAUUGUAGCAGUUGCCGGUCGGUCCGGUCCAGAUUGCAGUCAAAACUACCUACUCAUCUACAAUAAUAUGAUUGUCGGGCAGUUUAA